AGCUCCCUCCAGCACACUUUUCUGCUUUGACCACUGGAGGCUCCCAGCAGCUUAUGCGUCACUUCGUCUCUUAGCCGCUGAUCAUGGCGGAGCUACAGUUCCAGGCUGAAGUGGAGCCUCAACUUCUCAAUGGGGAUGACUUGAACGAGGAAAGAGAAGAAGCGGACGCCUCGGAAUCGGUAAAGAAAAAAAGAAGAAAGAAGAAGAGGAGCAGAACCACAGCGCCAGCAGGGACAAGCGAGGCUGAGGGGGAUAGAGACGCCGGAGGUGUUGGUGAUGUGACAAAACAGUUGGAACAGCAAACGCUGGAGGACAAAGAAAGGGCCGAGGAUGGAGAAGAAGAUGGGGACGAGGGAGAGAACUCAGCUGGAAAAAAGAAGAGGAAGAAGAAGAAGAAGAAAGGAUUGAAGGGACAGACUGACCCUCCCUCAGUCCCUAUUUGUGAGCUGUAUCCCAACGGAGACUUUCCAAAGGGAGAGGAGUGUGAAUAUCCCCCAUCAAAAGACGGGCGCAGCGCAGCGUGGCGGACCACCAGCGAGGAGAAGCGGGCCCUGGACAGGGCUAACGAGGAAAUGUGGAAUGAUUUCAGGCAGGCGGCCGAGGCACACCGGCAGGUCCGUGCGUAUGUCAUGAGCUGGAUCAAACCAGGGAUGACCAUGAUAGAGAUCUGUGAGAAGCUGGAAGACUGCUCCAGGCGGCUCAUCAAAGAAGAUGGGUUAAAGGCGGGCCUGGCUUUCCCCACAGGCUGCUCCAUCAACCACUGCGCAGCCCACUACACCCCAAACGCCGGAGACCCGACUGUGCUGCGCUACGACGACGUCUGCAAAAUUGACUUUGGAACGCACAUCAACGGUCGAAUAAUAGACUGUGCCUUCACCGUCACUUUCAAUCCAAAGUACGACCGACUGCUGGAGGCUGUGAGAGACGCAACCAACACAGGCAUCAGGUUCGCCGGAAUUGAUGUGCGCCUGUGCGAUGUUGGCGAGACCAUUCAGGAGGUGAUGGAGUCUUAUGAAGUGGAGAUAGAUGGGAAAACAUAUCAAGUGAAGCCGGUAAGGAAUCUCAACGGCCACUCUAUUGGACAAUACAGGAUACACUCAGGGAAGACGGUCCCUAUCGUAAAAGGUGGAGAAGCCACAAGGAUGGAGGAAGGUGAAGCUUAUGCCAUCGAGACAUUUGGCAGCACUGGAAGAGGCGCUGUCCACGAUGACAUGGAGUGCUCGCAUUACAUGAAAAACUUCAACGUGGGACACGUGCCAAUAAGACUUCCGAGGGCUAAACAUCUGCUGAACGUGAUCAAUGAGAAUUUUGGCACUCUGGCAUUCUGCCGCCGCUGGCUGGACCGCCUGGGAGAGAGCAAGUACCUCAUGGCGUUGAAGAAUCUGUGCGACCUUGGCAUCAUAGACCCGUACCCACCUCUCUGCGACAUCAAGGGCAGCUACACCGCCCAGUAUGAGCACACCAUCCUACUCAGGCCCACAUGCAAAGAGGUGGUGAGCCGGGGCGACGACUACUAAGCAUGCGCCAAAAUCCACAACGAACCAGGAGACGACAGACUUCUUCAGACUGACAGCAAAUAUGCAAUAUUUCUCUGACCUAAAUUUCCAGUGCUUGAAUACCUUUAGAUAAUUGUUUUAGCAAAAAAAAAAAAAAAAGACUCUCAUGAAGUUAGCUGAGAUAGUUUUGUUUCAUUUCUUUCUCUCUCUCCAAAGGAUCAAGCCAAUAGUAAAAAGGGCAUAUCUUUAACUGAUUCAGCGUUGUCAUUUUAGCUUUUUUUUGAUGUGCUGCUUUUAGGUAAUAUGCAAAAGAGAUUUAUGCAAAAGAAUCAUGCAAAAAAAAGGAGGUUUAGGUGCUCGCACCUUGCCUGAACAUGCUGUGCUUUAUUGCCUUGUUAAGCUCAUGUGAGGAAAACAGAACCGCUAUCAAAUAUUUAUACUUCUACAUUUCUUUGCUUUAUUUUAAUUUGAGGCAGUUUUAUAAGAAAUAAAUUGUUAUAAAUCUUG